GUGAUCAAGAUGUUGACAGCAGUACCAGCUCUCUAGUUGUGUGCUAUCAAGCUGCAGACAACUGGUGUACCAAACGACAGAUUUUAUCAAUAUUGGCCCACAACAUGACAAAGCAAAGACUCAUGCAACUGAUUCCGGGGCUCACCAUCUACAGGAUAGAUGCAGCAAGAAAGCAUGCUAAGGAAAGUGGUGGAGGGCAACCAGUAGAGUUGGAGCCAAUAACAAGAUCAAGACUACAGAAGAGCAAGGUUGAUCACUUUAUUCAAUUCAUCUCACGCCCAGAGUUUGUUCAAGACGUUGCAUUUGGGACCAGGAGACUGAAGCUCAGUCAUGGAGAAAAGAUUGAAAUCCCAAAUGUUGUUCGAACCGUCGUCGUGUCUCGUCUUGUUGAUUUAUAUCAAGUUUACUGUCAAGAGAUUGGAAUCACUCCACUUGGUCGUAGCUCACUGUUCAGUAUCACUCAGGUGUGUGCUGCUGCCAAGAAGAAAUCUCUCUCUGGUCUGGAUAACAUUGCUGCCGAGGGCUCGGAAGGGUUUGAUGCUAUGGAUGGAUUGAUGGGAUUGCUUGGUGAAUGUGGCUUUUCAGCUUUGUGGGUAGAUGAGCACAAAACUAGGUUCCGAACAGUUCGCCAAUACCUGAAAUCGGACUUCAAACUCCAUGUUCAGGAAAACAAUUCCUGUCCUGAUCACUGUUGGACUUAUGCACUGAGUUCUAAAGAUUCUUGCAACCAUCCUCAUGACGUCCACUGUGAGAUAUGUGAUGACCUACGUCUUCUGCUAAAUGAAGUUGAGUUCUCCAUAUCAAGUGUCGACACAAAGUACAAGUACCCAUCACAGAAGGACGAAGUAGCAUAUGAUUUUGAGUCCGCCAAGGACCGUAUCAUUGGUCUAAAAAAUCAUCUUGUGCGUACAAUGGCUCAGGAAAAGUGCAAAGAGGAUAUUCUUUCGAACCUUACCUCUUCCCAAGCACUUUUGACUAUGGAUUGGGCAAUGAAGUAUUUGCCGAGACGAUUUAGAGAAGCUCAACAAGAUUGGUUUGGCAAGAAAGGGAUAUCCUGGCAUGUGACGGUUGCUGUGAUGAAAUCUGGCAGUGAAUUUGAGAUUUUGUGCUUCGUCCAUCUAAUCCAGCCAUGUGUCCAGAAUUGGUGGAGCGUACUGUUAGUACUAGAAGCCUCGUUGCUUGAGCUGAAACGAAGGCGUCCAAACAUCACCGAAGUCUCUCUUAGGUCUGAUAAUGCAGGAUGUUACCACUGUGCACCUCUUAUCCUGUCUAUGGCAGAUCUUGCUAAAAAAGUGGACAUCAUCAUUUCAAGGUAUGAUUUCUCUGAGGUACAGGCCGGUAAAGACAUAUGUGAUCGUAAGAUAGCACCGAUGAAGGCCCAUAUCGAGCGGUACGUCAAUGAAGGCAACGACGUACUCACUGCUGAAGACAUGCACACUGCCUUAGAGUCAUACAAUGGUGUGAGAGGAUGCUAUGCAUCUGUUCUGAAGAUUGGAGACAUGCCCUCUUCUGAUGAAACUCUGAAAUGGCCAGGUGUCACCAACUUUACCAAUUUCUCCUUUGAGGAAGGUGGUGUGCGCUCCUGGCUCGCUUACAGCAUUGGCAACCAAUUCCAUCCCUACGCUAAAUUGAUCAAGCAACCACCUGGACCACUGAUCACCACUUACACAGUUGGACAUUAUACUGAGCCCAAAGUCUUGACGGGAGCAAUUCGUCAACAAAGGGAUGAUGUUCAGUUCUCCUGUACAGAAUCAAACUGUGUCAAAACUUUCCCCACCGAUGAGCUCCUAACACAUCAUUUGGCAGCUGGACGGCAUAUGUUUCGUCCCCUUAAGGAAUCUCGUCUUGACAAGAUUGCACGUCAGUGGGCUGAAAAGAUUGGCGAGAUGCAAGCUGGCCCUUCUUGUUCCAGUAAAGGUGUUGAGACUGUCGGUUCGGGAGCAGCUUCGGCCUCUAUGUCCCAGGCAAUCCUUUCUGGCUGGGCUCGCAAGAUUUCCAAGGCAAGGAAGAGGUUUUCACAGCAAGUGAAGGAUUUUUUGCUAGCUCAGUUCAUGAUUGGCGCCAAUACAGGAAAAAAGGAAAACCCAGAAACUGUGUCCCGGCGAUUGAAAAGUCACUUUCACAGAGAUGACUGGUUGACUACCCAACAGAUAGCCAGCUAUUUUUCACGUCUUGCUCUCCUACACAAAUCUGGGACACUGCCAUCAAAGAGCUGGACUGAUGUGCAAAAUAAUGCUGUAGAAUUGGUAGAAAGGCAGGUUCUCGUGGAUGCUGUACAGAACCAGUGUGAGCUUUGAGGCAUUUAAAUGCAUGAUGCCAUCGGACGCUUAUCAAGUGUUCGUUUUUGAUUAAACAGUCAGUACUACUCUUCCUUUUUUUUAUUUUUGUUAAUCUCAAAAUGUUGAUGUUCCCAAACUACACCUAGCCAAUUAGCUUUCCAAUUGUCUCGUUACCAUCAGGGCUGAUUUUCACACCCCAAAAAUCCAUAAUGGCCAGUACUGCUUUCAACUGUGAUGCCGUUUGAGUAUUAUCUAUGGUGUAAUACUUGUACCACUCUAUCUUGUGUGAAGGUAAAAACUAAAACAUAUUGAACAUAUUCCACUCAUUAUGUCAAUAAAUAAAA